AACACCUUUUUAAUAGUAAACAUUUUUCAUAACGGUACGUAAGGCGGCAUGGUGCCCUGGAGUCUCUCCCGAAACCCUAGUCUGAGCACCGAAACGGGGAAGGCCUCCCUGGCGAGAAAGUUGGGGAAGUCAUGGUGGACUCCGAGCCCUCGAACCGAGCGCUGACGACCACUCGCUUCUCCGAGCUGAAGCCCCCUAUAUCGGAGCCCGUUAUCCAAGCGCUAACCGCUGCUGGCUUCCACCUCUGCACGCCGGUCCAAGCCGCGACCAUCCCCUUGCUCUGCUCCUACAAAGAUGUCGCCGUCGACGCCGCCACCGGCUCCGGUAAAACCCUCGCCUUUAUCGUGCCCUUUGUCGAGAUCCUCCGCCGAUGCCCCUCUCCCCCCAAAUCCCACCAGGUCAUGGGAAUGAUAAUCUCUCCAACACGUGAAUUAUCAUCACAAAUAUACCAUGUUGCACAGCCUUUCUUCUCAACGAUGCCAAAUGUUAAAUCUAUGCUUCUUGUUGGAGGGGUGGACAUUAAAACUGAUGUAAGGAAAUUAGAAGAUGAAGGUGCAAACAUUCUAGUGGGCACACCUGGCAAGCUACAUGAUGUGAUGGAGCGUCUAGACAUCCUAGAUUUCCGGUCACUUGAGAUCCUUAUUUUGGAUGAGGCUGAUAGACUCUUGGAUAUGGGAUUUCAAAAGCAAAUUACAUCUAUCAUUUCUCGCUUGCCAAAGCUUCGUAGGACGGGCCUUUUUUCAGCUACUCAAACAGAGGCAGUUGAAGAGCUCUCUAGGGCAGGAUUAAGAAAUCCUGUUAGGGUUGAAGUUCGAACAGGAGCUAAACCACUACAUAAUUUGGAAUCCGCACAGCAAUCAACCACUUCUAGAACACCUUUGGGACUUCAUAUCGAGUACCUGAUAUGUGAGGCAGAAAAGAAACCAUCGCAGCUUGUUGAUUUCCUGUCACAAAACAUAUCUAAAAAGAUAAUUAUCUACUUCAUGACAUGUGCUUGUGUUGAUUAUUGGGGGCUUGUUCUUCCACAGCUUGCUGUUCUCAAAGGUUGUCCACUGAUUCCUCUUCAUGGGAGGAUGAAACAGAUUGCAAGGGAGAAAGCAUUGGCAUCAUACACAGCACUUUCAAGUGGUAUUCUGCUAUGUACUGAUGUAGCAGCAAGGGGACUUGACAUUCCAGGUGUUGAUUGGAUUGUGCAGUAUGAUCCCCCUCAAGAUCCUAAUGUGUUCGUACAUAGAGUUGGUCGGACUGCACGAAUUGGCAGACAAGGAAGUGCUGUCAUAUUUCUGUUACCAAAGGAGGAUGCUUAUGUGGAGUUCUUGCGGUUAAGAAGGAUCCCUCUUAAAGAGAGGGAGUGUUUCAGUGAUGCCUUGAAUAUCAUUCCUCAGAUAAGAUCUGCUGCAAAAGAAGAUCGUGAUGUCAUGGAGAAGGGUCUUAAAGCAUUCGUGUCAUACAUUCGUGCAUAUAAAGAGCACCAUUGCUCGUACAUCUUCAGGUGGAAAGAACUAGAAAUUGGGAAAUUGGCUAUGGGAUAUGGCUUACUGCAGAUCCCUUCUAUGCCAGAGGUGAAACAUCACUCUCUCUCAGUUGACGGUUUUUCUCCUGAGGAUGAUAUUGAUGUUACUCAGAUUAAGUACAAGGACAAGGCUAGGGAGAAACAAAGGCAAAAGGCUUUGCAAAGGAAGGAAGCAGAAUCCCGGCAGGGGCCAAAAUCAGAAAGAGUGAAGCAAAUCCCAGAUGGUUCUAUUACUGUUACGAGAAAGAAAACAGGUAGGCAACGCAAAGCAACUCAGACAAAGGAGGAUGAUGAAGAGUUAGAGCAGGACUAUCGCUUACUGAAAAAGCUGAAGAGAGGGGAGAUUGAUGAAAGCGAGUACGAAAAGCUUACUGGUUUUGGAAUCUUUGAGGAACGGGUUUCAUCAGACAGCAACAUGGAUGACUGUGGUGUGAAAACCUCCACGGUAUGGAAAAACAGAAAAUCGAAGCUAAAACAGAGAGGAAAUGCAAAAAAUUCUGGAGGAAGAAUAGGGGAUCGCAAAAGUACUAGCCAUUUGAAGAUGAAUUCAAAAACCAAGAUUAAUAAAAGAAAGAAGUAACAAGUUAUAAUAUGCCAUGCUGCUUUAUGACUGCUUCUGGAUGAUUCAGAUUGAGUCACAGGGAUUGUGCAGCAUAUAAGCGGAAGUGACUUGAUUGCGCUGUAGCCAGAUCUAGCCUUCAUGGAAAUAGCUGGUAGCAUCUGCCAUGCAUUUUUUGGGUGAUAUUGUUUUUGUUCUAUGGCUUCUCAAAACAAUCCUUGGACUUUGAUCAAAAGUAAGGUUAUGACAUGGGCAGAAACAGGUUCGAAUUUUAAUGAAGUUAGUGACUCCAGUUUUCACUUUCAUGUAGAUGGUGCUCGGCGGACAAUUAUUCCCCCUAUAAUUUAGUUUUGUAUUAUGGCACUUCUCAAAUUCGCUGCCUUAACAAGACAGAACCAUAAACACCCUCAUGCAUCCAGAGAGGGCUAUGUACUUAUCUGAAUUUUUGUAACAUUAACAUGCAAGAAUGAUGAGAAACGUUAUAUCUGCUUCUACUGGAGAGUUCAUGAAUCA